AUGUCGAUGAAAGAACCCCGAUCGGACAGUCGUCACCGGCUUCUUGCUUCUCCAAAAUUGGCCAUAGAGUUCAAGUUGAGGAUCAUGGCGAUUUGGUUUCUCGGCCUGGUUGUUGUUUUAUCGUUUGUUGAGGCGGCUCAAGGAUCCAGUUCCGGUUCCCGCCGCCACAACAAUCUCUCGGAAGGCAACGGACUGACUCACCGUAGCUACAAUUUCUUUAUAAAGGAGAGUAACAUCACGAGGCUCUGCCGUGAAAAGACCAUUCUUACAGUUAACGGCCAGUUCCCUGGGCCGGCCAUCUAUGCGAGGAGAGGCGAUGUCGUCGUUGUCAACGUCUACAACCAAGGCCAUACAAACAUCACCCUCCAUUGGCAUGGUGUGAACCAGCCACGAAGCCCGUGGUGGGAUGGGCCAGAGUACAUAACACAGUGUCCAAUCCAGCCCGGCAACAAUUUUACCUACCGAAUCAUCUUCUCCGAGGAGGAAGGCACCCUGUGGUGGCAUGCGCACACCGCCAUGGAUCGUGCCACCGUGCACGGCGCCAUCAUCAUCCGUCCCAGUCAUGGUGCAGCCUACCCGUUCACGAAACCACACAGAGAAAUACCCAUCAUACUCGGGGAAUGGUGGAACGAUGAUGUUGGGAAAGUGAUGGCCGACGCCCUCUCGACCGGCAGCGACUUCCAACCUUCAGACGCCAACACCAUCAAUGGCCAGCCCGGUGACCUGCUCCCGUGCUCCAGCGACAACACCUUCAGGCUGCCAGUCAAGCACGGCGAAACCUACAUGUUGCGCAUCAUCAAUGCAGCACUCACCAAUGGGUUCUUCUUCGCCAUUGCCGGGCAUCGCCUCACCGUGGUGUCUUCUGACGGUUCCUACACCAAGCCGUUCACCACCGACUACAUUUUCAUCGAGUCCGGCCAAACAAUGACCGUGUUGCUCAAGACCCGUCGCCGUGGCCACUCCAACGCCCGGUACUACAUGGCGGUGAGGCCACUGGCAACCAACCCAGCCGCCGUGCUCGACAACAGCACCGCCACCGCCGUCUUGGAGUACAUACACGCGUCGACGUCUGAUCAUGUGGACUUUCCCAGCCUUCCCGCCAUCAACGACAGCUCCGCGGCGGCGGCCUACACAGCUCAACUCAGGUCCCUGGCUAGCAAGGAGCACCCGGCCGACGUGCCCCGGAGAGUCGACGAGCACAUGCUCGUCACCGUCGCUGUCAAUGAGAUCUCGUGCGCGCCCAACGAGGCUCCAUGCAAGGGCCCCCACGGCAACCGCUUUGCGUCGAGCCUCAACAACAUCAGCUUCGAGGCGCCGCACAGAGACAUCCUCGGGGCCUACUACCGAUCCGUCGUCGGCGACGUGGCCAAGACGGACUUCCCGGACAACCCGCCGUUGUCGUUCAACUUCACGGCCGAUAACCUCCCACCAGAGAUUGCGCUGACCGCACGCGGCACGAGGGUGAAGUUCCUGGCAUACGGGACUGUGGUGGAGGUGGUGUUCCAAGGAACAACCAUCCUCGGUGGUGACAGCCAUCCGAUGCACCUACACGGGUUCAGUUUCUACGUUGUGGGGAGAGGGAUUGGUAACUUUGACAGGCACCAUGACCCCGCCAAGUAUAAUUUGGUCGAUCCACCAUACCAGAACACAGUCUCUGUAGCCAAGAAUGGAUGGACGGCAAUCCGGUUCCGUGCGGCAAACCCUGGUGUAUGGUUCAUGCAUUGCCAUUUUGAGCGCCACAUGGUAUGGGGUAUGGAGACCGUCUUCAUUGUGAAGAAUGGCAAGAGAAGGGACGCAAAGGUCAUGCCACCGCCCCCAAAUAUGCCUAGGUGCUGA